AUGGGUCGCAACAAAGUUCUUACUAGCGGAGAAUGCCACACUGUCGAAAUACUCAAGAAACAAGGCAUGUCUGCUGCAAAAAUGGCACGCGUCCUUGAACAAUCAGCUACUCGUGUCAAAAACUGUAUUAAACGAAUCAACUUGACCCAAAAUUGUGCAAAUCCAAUGAUGAGGAGAAUGCCAAAACGCCUGCUUGCCACUAAAAUCUCAUCUAAUAACAUAUCUCCACGUACCCUGAUAAGAAGUUUAAAGAAAAAUGAUUGGCGACGCGUUCUUUGGACUGACAAAUCCUCUAUCAGCACGAUUCAUAUGGAAAAGUUCGAGUUUGGUAUCAUAAUGAUGAGCUUUAUAAUCCAAAGUGCACACAAGCAACCGUUAAAGUGGUCGAAACUCUAUUAUGGUCUGGGAAUGUAUGUAAUUUACCCAAUGGUUAUGGUUGCAGAAGAGGCAAUAUUUCAAGAAGAUAAUGCAUUAAUUCACAAGAGAAAAUCUAACCGAAAACCACAGACAGAAGCUGACUUGGAGGAAGCCGUAUUUGCCGCAUGGAAUACUUGA